AUGUGCAUGAAGGCACCAUACAUGUUUAUUUCGCUCAUUAUCCCGGGGCCGAAGAGUCCUGGAAAAAAUAUAGACAUCUACUUACAGCCUCUAAUGGCAGAACUAAAGAUGUUGUGGAGUGAAGGUGUUCGUACUUUUGAUGUAUGUAGAGGUCAACAAUUUAACUUAAGGGCAAUGUUGUUAUGGACAAUCAAUGAUUUCCCAUCUUAUGGAAUGUUGUCUGGAUGGAGUACUCAUGAUCAUCCAUAUAGAGUCGAUACAAAUCAUUUUUUGCAUGGGAAGACCGUCAGAAACCAAAUGCCUUCUAGGCCUACAGGAGUCGAACUAUGGAAUGCUAUCUCAGGAAUGAAGUUUGCAUUUGAAGACCCUGAUGGAUAUCCACUAGGUUAUGGAGUAUUCCAUAAGUGGACGAAGAAGAGUAUUUUCUGGAAGUUGCCAUAUUGGGGACGGAGGACAAAGGACAAUAUUAAUGCUAGGAAGGACAUAUUCUUGCUUUGCAACUGUCUGGAACUUCACAUAGACCCACAAAGCGGGAUGAAUAGAAUGAGUAAGGUUGUGUACACUUUAACAAGAGAUGAUAACAAAAUUCUUUGCAAGUGGUUGAAGGGUUUGAAAUUCCCAGAUGGAUAUGCAUCCAACUUAUCACGAUGUGUAGAUAGAAGUGGUUGUAAGUUGAUCGGUCUAAAGAGCCAUGACUGUCAUGUUUUCCUAGAAAGACUUUUGCCAAUUGCUUUUAAGAAUUUCCUCCCCAACUUUGUAUGGGCCACACUAACAGAUUUAAGUAAUUUUAUGCAUGACCUAAGCUCUACCACUUUGUCGAAAACUAGUAUGGAUAACUUGGAACUUGCGACUCCGGUUAUUCUUUGUAACUUAGCAAAAAUAUUUCCACCAGCAUUCUUCGACUCAAUGGAGCACCUCCUCGUGCAUUUACCAUACGAGGCAAAUGUUGGAGGACUAGUUUCUUCACACCAUAAAUCCAUUUGCAAUGCCUACAUUCUUCAAGAGAUCACGACAUUUGCUUCUCACUACUUUGAACCAGAUAUUCAAUGUAAACAACGAAUACCACAGAGAAAUAUAAAAGGACCAGUGAACCUUAAACAACCUCCCAAGUCCAUUUUCAAUUAUCUUGGACGUAGUAGUGGAGCUAAAAGUAAAAGAUACUUAGAUAGUGAAGAGUUAUUGGUGGCUCACACGUAUGUUCUACUAAAUUGCCCCGAGGUUGAACCGUAUUAUAGGUGUGUUUAUGUUGAUUAUUUGAAAGAAGGAUUACAGGUUGCAUCAAUAGAUAGAGAAUUCGUCACUUGGUUUCGAUGUCAGAUUCUUGAAGAAAAUGAACUAUAUUAUGUUUCCUAUGGGACACUAACACAUGCUACCUCUAUUCCCAUAUAUUUUGUUAAUGGAUAUGUUUGGAGGCCAAAAGAUUACAGGUCUAAUAGAUCAACCAUAAACAGUGGUUGUGUGUGGUUUGACCCAACAAGGGGCACAAGAUUGGACAAUAACUAUAGACUUGUUGAGGUUAACUUGAAGCGAAAGUAUCUUAGAUACGAUCCAUUCAUUCUAGAACAACAAGCCAUACAAGUGUACUAUAGUCCAUAUCCAAGCAAAACAUCAAGACAAUCCUCUUGGAUGUCCGUAUGUAAAACCAAAGCUAGAGGGAAAGUGGAGGAACAAUGGACCGAUGAUAAUGUGGUGUAUCAACAAGAGGUUCAUAUAACUAGUAUCCAUAACGAAUUGCCAUUGAAUAUUCGGUCAUACGAUGUAAGUAACCUGCGUGACCCUAACAACAUUAUCUACAUGGAACUAAAGGGGAAAAUGAGGAGCAUGAUUUUGAAUCAGAAGAAUGUGACAAUGGAACAAAAAUUUCCCUUGAUUCGAGUGGGAGUACAGAUUCAAAUGACUUAG